CUAAACUACCAGUCUACUACAACAACCAGCUUGGAAAUACUAGCUGAUAUGGAUAAUCUGAAGACAAUCAUGGUGACCAAUGACGAUGGAAUCGAUGCUCCUGGCUUACAAGCUCUUGUUCGUGUCCUUGUCUCCACCAAUCUUUACCGGAUUCUCGUCUGCGCUCCUGACUCUGAGCAAUCAGCUGUUAGUCAUUGUAUUACAUGGAAACACGAUCUCCACGUUAAGGAAGUAGCAAUUACAGGAGCAAAGGCCUUUGCAGUAUCUGGGACCCCGGCUGAUUGUGCAUCUUUAGGAGUCUCCAAAGCUCUGUUUCCUGUAGUGCCUGAUCUGGUUAUCAGUGGCAUAAAUGAGGGGAACAACUGUGGUCAUCGCAUAUGGUACUCUGGAACAGUAGCAGGUGCCCGACAAGCCUUUCUACAAGGCGUACCCUCUGUGUCUAUUUCAUAUCACUGGGUAAAGGGCGGGAGCAAUCUUCAUGACUUCACAGUAGCUGCCGAGGCUUGCUUACCUAUACUAAGCGCAAUUCUUGUUGAAAUCAGAAAUACAAAUUAUCUUCAGAAAUGCUUUUUGAAUAUAAAUCUGCCAGCUGAUGUUACAAAUCAUAAGGGAUAUAAGCUAGCUAGGCAGUGCAAGAGUAUGGUCAGUAUGGAAUGGAAGCAAGUUACUUCGAAUGCAGAAGGAGGACAUAUGUUACCAACAAUGAAUAUGAAGACGGAAUCUAUUGCUGCUAUGGACAAGAACACUGCCACAGUAUCACAGGAGCAACUCGUUUUCAAACGACUGAUAGGGGAAAGACCACAAAUGGGAGCACAAGUUAAGGAUAAAACUUCAGAAGACUAUGACUUCCUCAAAAAAGGAUAUAUAACCAUCACACCUCUUGGCGCUUUAACAAACGCAGACAGUGACUGCCAGUCAUACUUCAAGGAGUGGCUUCCCGUGCUUGAUACAACUCCUCAGCGCUGUAAUGCUGAUUCAACUGAAGAUGGAUACUUCUAAGGUGACUCCAGCAAUCGUUUAACUGUUUUAUUAGCGCCGUCUUGCAUUGCUGCUCUUAUCUGUGGCAUUAUCAUCCCCUAGAUCAGAAGCUGUUAUAUGUUACAGUGUCAAGAAGAUCAGGAAGUCAGUUAAAAAGUUGUAAACCUUUUAACCAUAAUAUGUCCCAUAUCAAUCAAAUUUGAUAUAUAUACAUCA